AUGCAAGGACAACAACCUCUUGCUCCAGUUCCUGUCCCACAAGCUGCAACAGGGCCAGAUUUUCGUGCUUUCUUCAUAAUGGAUCCUCUAGAGUUUGCAGGUGGCCUAGACCCGGUGGUAGCUCAUGAUUGGUUGGCUAGUAUGGAGAGGAUAUUCCAGGCAAUCCAGUGUAUUGAAGAAGAGAAAAUGAUAUUUUCUACGCAAAAGAUGAAAGGACCGGCUCUUAGGUGUGUUCGGACCCAAAGAGAAAGAGAGUUCCAGAACUUCAAGCAAGGCAACUUGUCUGUUUCUGAGUAUGCUGAGAAGUUUGAAGACAUGGCUGAUUACUCACGACAGGCUGUUUACGCUCCUGAUGAGUUAUGGAAGAUUGAUCAAUUCUUGAUGGGUCUAAGGGCCGACAUUGCUCAUAGUGUGUCCCAAAGGGAGUUCACUACAUAUGUUGAAUGUUUGAGGCAGUGCUAUGUUGCGGAGAACAGCUUGAAAGGGGUUCAAGAAGAGAGGAACCAAAACAGGACUAAUUUUAGAGACCAAGGGAGAUCUACCCAGCACUUGAAGCCCCGUAGUUCUCCAUCGAAGAAGAAGCAAGGAUAUGGUGACCAAUCGGCUCAACCUCCUUAUUGUCACAAGUGCAAGAAGAGACAUACCGAGGAGUGCAAACCCACUUCUGUUACUUGUUUCGAGUGUGGCGAGCAGGGUCAUAUAUCUCCGCAUUGUCCUAGAAAGAAGACUCUUAAGAAGACUGCAGGUCGUGUGUACACCUUAGAUGCAAGGAAGGAAAAAGGGAACAACAAUCUCAUUGCGGUUUUCAUGGAUUACAUGAAUCAAAUAUUUCAACCGUAUAUGGACCAGUUUGUGGUGAUCUUCAUUGAUGACAUCUUGGUGUAUUCUCGUUCUCCCGAAGAACACGAAGAGCAUUUGCAGAUUGUGUUAUCUACUCUUUGA